AUGGUAGAGAUGGAGAGAUGGAGACAGCUCAGCUCACAGGAAGGUGGGCCUGUAGAUCUGCUACAGCAGGCAGCAGCCAGGAUCAUUCAGAAAGCCUGGAAAAGAUAUGUGGACAGAGAGGUCUUCAGGUAUUUCAAACUUCUGAUCGACCAUUGCAACCAGCGGGAUCCACAGUCGAUCCUCAAAACUGUCAAUCCUCGAGAGGCAGAGCUGCUGGAUGCUGCUGCUGGGGUGUUCAUCAGGUUUCGACUUGGAGGGGUCACCUUCCCUCCCAACAUCUACUAUAAGAUCUUCACUCAUCGACCCAUCACAGAUGUGUGUGCCAGUAGCCCAAAGGACUACACCCAGCCAGGCCUGAAGAAACCUGCGGGUCAGAUGCAGGAGGACCGUUCGGGGUGGUACCAACGUAUGGAGAACAACAGCUGGAGGCUGUUCUACAUAAAGGUGCUUCCCAUCGCGGAGCCCGCAGAGAUCGGUGCCGACAAAAAGAUUGACUUUCACUACUCCAGGUUGCAGCGGCAGCAAGAUGUGGACAGAUGGAGGAAAAGGAGGAAAAUUGAGUGGCUGAAGCACAUGUAUACCCAGGGUCGUCUGCAGAAUCAUUCUGUGCAUGGUCAAACGGCGACUUCUCAGCAGAACACGGCCAAGGAAAUGAUGGACACCGCUGAGGCAGAUGAGACAGAAGAGAGGGAGCUGGAUGAGCUUCUGACCUGGUCCACCACUCUCAGCUUUGAGGAGUACAUGCAGGAGUGGAGAUGUUUGGCCUGCAGUCACUCCUCUGAGCCCAACAAAGACCUUCACUGACAUCCAACCCGGUGAAAUGCAUUGGAGUCUGCUCGAGAAACUGAAAGCAAGCAGAAGAAACAUACAACUGAAAACAGAGUAUACUACAGUACACACCAAGUGCAGGUGGAGAAAUAUAGAAAACAAA